GUCACUCUUGUUUAAGCGGAGCUAUUCCGAUUGGAAAAAAAACAACUGUAAUUAGGGGCCAUAAUAAUUUCAUAUAAAAUCGCACACGCUUUUUUUUAGCUUAAAUUAGAAAACAAAAAACAGCCGGAAUGUUUGCCUCCGCAUGGCGAAGCGUGGCCAACACAGUGGAGAACCAGUUGACCGCCACCUAUUUUCGAGGUUCGUCAAGCAAUCUGAAAUUGCUAAUGCGUUCCUGGCGGAUUCUUCCACAAGCGGAUUCCCCUGGUUUCGGAGCAAUUCACAGGCGAUUUCUGGCUGUGCCCGUCUGUUCAAGUCUCGUCAACCUGCAAAAACUGCGCAAAGUGGGAUUUAGAGGCAUGCACAGCACUUUGGAGGACGUUAAACUGGAGGGCAUGGAGAUUAAAAUCCUUCCGGCUCUUCAAGACAACUAUAUGUAUCUGAUUGUGGAUACAAAGACACGUGAGGCGGCCGUCGUUGAUCCCGUGGAACCAGAACUGGUUAUCAAGACAGUGCAAGAGGAGAAACUGACUCUAAACAAGGUGCUAACCACACAUCAUCACUGGGAUCACGCUGGAGGUAACGAGAAAUUGGUCAAACUGUGGGAUAAGCAACUGGACGUUUAUGGUGGCGAUGAUAGGAUUGGUGCCUUGAACCAGAAGGUUCAGCAGGACGACACCUUCACCAUUGGUAGCCUGAAUGUCAAGUGUUUGUCCACUCCUUGUCACACCACUGGGCACAUUUGCUACCAUGUUACGUCACAAGAGGGAAGUGGUGAGGGAGCUGUCUUCACCGGUGAUACACUUUUCCAGGGCGGCUGUGGGCGUUUCUUUGAGGGUACUCCCGAGGAAAUGUACGAGGCCCUCUGCACCAAACUCUCCGCCCUGCCGGACACCACAAAAGUCUUCUGUGGCCAUGAGUACACUUUGCAGAACAUGAGCUUCGCACGUCACGUAGAGCCGGACAAUGAAGUCAUCCAGCAGAGGAUCGAGUGGGCCAAGCACCGUCGAGCCGCCCAGGAUCCCACAGUUCCAUCGACCAUUGGCGAGGAAAAGUCCUGGAAUCCCUUUAUGCGCGUCCACGAAGCCACAGUACAAAAGCACGCCGGCGGAGCCACCGAUCCAAUUAUCACCAUGGGCAAGCUGCGCAAGGAGAAGGACACUUUCAAGGCCUAAAAACUUCUUUAAUUUAUAUGGAAUGAUGUGAUUUAUUAUUGGAUUUAAAGGUUAAUAAAAUUAACGGUAUUUUUGAAA